AUGGGUCUUUUUAUUUAUCAUUUUGAUGAAGAUAGUCAAUCCAUUUCUUUAAUAUACUAUUAUUAUAUUAAAAAAUUCCGCAUCGAACCCAAAGUAUUUUCCGAACCUACUUUACCUUUACCAAAUUAUAAUAGUUUCAAAUUUUGUAAUGGAUGGGUUACAUAUAUAAAAAAUAAUAAGGAAAUUCUUUUUAAAUAUGGCGUUGAAUUAUUAACAUUUGCAAUUAAAGAACAUAACUUAGAAUUAAUAGAUGAUAUAUUUAAAAAAUGCUUAUACUAUUUUAAGGAAGAUUUAGGAAGCAAUGUGAUGUUUUUAAGUAUCAUUACUUCUACAAUGCCAUUAUUAAAUGAAUAUUAUCCGGAAUAUAUUUCAAGAUAUUCAUUGGAAACAACAAUGAUAACUGAUUCACCUUUUUAUUAUAUAGAACAUCAAGAUAUCAAUUUACAUCUUUAUCCUUUUCGACGUUAUUUUCACACAAUUGAUAUAUCUCAAUCUAUUUGGUGGUUAAAUUAUUGUGCAUUAAAGAAAAAUGAUGAAGUUAAUAAUAAGGAAAAUUACUUCAAAAUAAAAC